AUGCAGGUUACGGCUUUGUCCGGCGCCACCGUUGCGCAGCUGGAUGAGGAUGAGUUGCGUGGCAUGGAGGAAAGUGGGAAAUCCAUUCGGGAUCUAAAGAAGCUCCUUUCAGCUCAGCUUGGGUGCUCCAGGUUUCAGCAAAGACUCUUGAGUGACGAACUUGGAGAACUGCAGGACGACAUGCCCUUAAGACCACUGCCUAGUGUGCGGCUGGCCAUCCUGCCUCUAUGCGCCUAUGAUGAGAUCAUGGAGGAAGAACUGCUUCGCCGCUGUGAGGGCAAUGAGGUGGGUGAGGUUGAACGAUUGCUUCAAAGACCUCAAGAUCCAAACCGGCGAGGAUUGUUCCUUGCAGCCGCGAAUGGCCACUUGGACGUCGUGCGCUUGCUGCUGGAGGCUGGAGCUGACAAGGAUGUAGCAAAUGCAAAUGGGGCAACGGCUUUGAUCAUUGCAGCUGAGAGCGGCCACUUGGAAGUUGUGCGAUUUCUCCUUGAGGCUGGAGCCAGCAAAGAUGUAACAAACAUGAAUGUGGCAACAGCAUUGAUCAUUGCAGCUGAGAGCAGCCACUUUGAAGUUGUACAGUUGUUGCUCGACGCUGGAGCUGACAAAGAGGUAGCAAACACAAAUGGGGCUACGGCUUUGAUGAUUGGAGCUGAGAGCGGCCACUUGGAAGUUGUGCGAUCGUUGCUCGAAGCUGGAGCUAACAAAGAUACAACAAAUACUGGGGCAACGGCUUUGAUGAUUGCAGCUGAGAGCGGCCACAUGGAAGUUGUGCGCGUGUUGCUGGAGGCCGGAGCUGACAAAGAUGCAGCAAACACACAUGGGGCAACGGCUUUGGUGAUUGCAGCUGAGAGCGGCCACUUGGAAGUUGUGCGCUUGUUGCUAGAGGCUGGAGCUGACAAGGAUGUAGCAAAUGCAAAUGGUGCAACGGCUUUGUUGCUUGCAGCCGAAAGUGGCCACAUGGAAGUUGUGCGCCUGUUGCUUGAGACGGGAGCUGACAAAGAUUCAGCAAAAAGAAGUAGGGCAACACCAUUGCUUGUUGCAGCUGAGAAGGGCCACUUUGGAGUUGUGCGAUUGUUGCUUGACGCCGGAGCUUCCAAAGAUGUUAGCAACACAUAUGGUGCAACGGCUUUGAUAAUGGCAGCCGAAAGCGGCCACUUGGAAGUAGUGCGAUUGUUGCUUCAGGCUGGAGCUGACAAAGAUGUAGCAAACAGACUUGGCGCAACGGCUUUGAUGAUCGCAGCUGAGAGUGGUCACUUGGAAGUUGUGCGCUUGUUGCUUGAGGCUGGAGCUGACAAAGAUGCAGCAAAUAGAAGUAGGGCAACAGCUUUGCUUGUGGCAGCCGAGAGUGGCCACUUUGAAGUUGUGCAAUUAUUGCUGGAGGCAGGAGCUGACAAACAUGCAGCAAACACAAAUGGGGCAACGGCUUUGAUGGUUGCCUCUGAGAGCGGCCACUUGGAAGUUGUGCGCUUGUUGCUGGAGGCGGGAGCUGACAAAGAUGCAGCAAACACCAGCAGGGCAACCCCUUUGUUUGCUGCAGCCGAGAGUGGCCACUUGGAAGUUGUGCGAUUGUUGCUGCAGGCUGGAGCUGACAAAGAUGCAGCAAAUAGAAGUAGGGCAACAGCUUUGCUUGUGGCAGCCGAGAGUGGCCACUUUGAAGUUGUGCAAUUAUUGCUGGAGGCAGGAGCUGACAAACAUGCAGCAAACACAAAUGGGGCAACGGCUUUGAUGGUUGCCUCUGAGAGCGGCCACUUGGAAGUUGUGCGCUUGUUGCUGGAGGCCGGAGCUGACAAAGAUGCAGCAAACACCAGCAGGGCAACCCCUUUGUUUGCUGCAGCCGAGAGUGGCCACUUGGAAGUUGUGCGAUUGUUGCUGCAGGCUGGAGCUGACAAAGAUGCAGCAAACACGGGCAGGGCAACCCCUUUGCUUGCUGCAGCCGAGAGUGGCCACUUGGAAGUUGUGCGCUUGUUGCUUCAGGCUGGAGCUGACAAAGAUGCAACAACGGCGGAUGGGUCAAAUGCUUUGCUUUUUGCAACCCAGAACGGCCACUUGGAAGCUGUACAAUUGUUGCUCAAUGCUGAAGUUGACACCAGCAACACCAAAUUGGUCAACUCCGACAGCUCCUUUCAUUGA